AAUGAAGAUGAAAUAAGUAACACAUUCUUCGACCUAAUUGGAACUGCUUAGAACAAAAGCAGAUUAAAAUAUCCCCCGAUGAAAUUCAUUUUCAAUUUCAUAGGUAGUCCCUACUUCCACUUCUAUAAUUUUGAGAAAACACCACUUCUCAACAACAAUGAAAGUCAAUUGCAAUUUCAUCAAUAGUCCCCACUCAUGGGCCCAUUUCAAUUGCAAGCAAAUUUGCACCCUUGCAACAGCUUCUCACAUCAUAGCAAUUUAGAGAUGCAAUUGCACCUCCUUGCCACAUCAUCUUGCAAGUCACAAAAAUUGCACUAUUGGAGAUUACCAUUACUGCAUCUCGUCACCUGUCUUAGGGAACUUAGCCAUGGCAAAUUCACAAAAUACUGCAUGCAUAGAAAAAUAUCGGUCUGGACAAUUGAAAAAAUGGGAGACUUUCCUAGUCAGAUGAUGUACUGGCUCCCCUCAGUACCUGGCAAUUUUGAGUGCUGGAGAAUUAAGGAAAAGACAAAAGACUGGAAAAAAAAACCCAACAAAGACUUAGGAAACUUGUUAACAGAAGACAUCCAUUGAUGGCCCCUUUGCUGCUCCAACGCUCCACCCCGCCCUGCAUCAAUUGACUCUCAUGUAAGCCGAGGACGUUUGCUUGAGGAGGCCUCAGGGGUUUCUUGAUGCUUCGUAUGUCGAAGGUCAAUAAAAGUAUCGGUCAAUUCGGCUAUACGGUACACCGGCAAAUAAACGCACUGGUCCUCCUUAACAUAAACCCCCAUAUCCAUCCCAACCCUUUCAAGAAAGGUGGUCACGUAGGUGGCAUAUGGAAAGGCAGUGUACCAGUUUUCCUCUGCCUUCUGGAUAGUGGGCACUUGCUCUUUACUUUCAUAUUCUCGUGCCUCCCCAAUGGCAAAGAUUAAAGUCAGGACAUUCAAAAUCAGCCCAAUGCAAAAGCAUUAUAAACCAUAAGACUACUUGCCUUGUCUGCUAAAUAUUUCCUGAAUCAUAAAUUUAGUAACGCGAUACUCGCGCAGGAUCUGGAUUAGGAAGUCCCUUGCCCUCUUCUCAUACUGAAAGUCUGGUAAGUACGAUUGAAUAUUGUUUCCGGGAUGCUCCCCCAGCCGCCGGAAGGAGUGGGAUUCCGGUAUGCUCCUGCCGCCGGUUGCGUCUUCCUCGACAAGAAGAAUGAAAUAGGAGAGGGGGUGGGUUUUCUUUUAAAGUGGAUGAAUCAGGUGGGUUUUCUUUGACAGGGGAACAAUUCUAAUGGGGAGGAAUGGUAUAUGGCAUUUUGUUAUUAAUCAGGGGUAGUUGGGUCAUUUCAAACACAAGUUAACGGUAAGAAAACAGAGUUUCUAACGGAAGGGUAUUUUCGUUACGUUGUAAUAUUAUACGGGCAUAUUUGUGCGAAAAAAAUAAUAGAGGGACACGUUUGUUACUUUGCAAUAGUACAAGGGCAGUAAAUGCUACUAUCCCAAUAAUUUUCGAAGUCACAGCCAAAACAUAAAUAAAACAAAAAACAAGACAAAAUUCCAAAAUCAUCCAAAAAGUUGGUGUCUGAUAAUCCAUCCCUCUCAAAACCAACCUUACUCUCAAGGUUGGACCGGCGCUCCAUAAUUUUCCUUGCCUUACUCUGUUGCGAGCUCCACCGCCUCAUCAUCCAUGUUUCCCACGAGCAAAAUCAAUUGACCCUCGACACACUGGUGCCCGACAGUGUACCUCGCGUUGUAGUUGAAGCAACGAUCAUCCCUAUGUUUGUACUCCAUAUCUGGUGGUGUGAGCCCCAUGAACCCUCAAUGUGGCAGCCUGAGCCCCUAUCAUUCGCCUGGUGGAGCUGCUACUGCUGCCACUGGCACUCCCGCCCCUUUCAGGGGCGUCGCCGCCAUUCCACCCGUUCCGCCUGAUCCAGUAUUUCUGCCGGCUGCCUUUUCGAAUCGCACCCUACUUCCCUUCCAGCUUGCUAGCUCCUCCUCCUUUGGCAAUGCCAAUCUAAAAGCCAUCCGCAAGGAACUGAGCUCGAACAUCUUCACAACUAUAGCUAACUCCAGCCUCAAACCUACAAGACAUAAACCAACAGAGUCUCCUCCAUCAUACGCUUGCACAUGUUUCCCAGCCUCAGGAAAUCUAGUCAGAACCAUGCCACAGUACCGAACUAUCUUAGCUUAGCAAGGUGUUCCGACACCCAUCCUCUAACUUCCCGAACAGGUACUGCAGCUUCUCCUGAAAGCGAGUCCUAGUGAUCAGCAUCUCCGCCUCCGCAUAGGAACGCUCCAUCCACUCCCACCACUAGAAGGCAUGUCCCUCUAAAUAGAAAGACGCUCCUCUCCUCUCUAUAGAAUAGUUUUUGAACCACCUGUCUGCAACAUAAAUCCAUAACCCGUCAUCCUCGUUACCUUUGAAUUUUGGGAACUCAAUUGUAAUACAAUCAUAAUUUGUGCUUGUUUGGAUCAAAGUACGCAGCUCGAUUCAAUCCAACGAAUUGGUUCAGUCUUUGAACAAACUUAAAACGAAAAC